AACCUCCCUUUCAUUUCCUGUUAAAAAAACCUGAGCAGAAACAAUUCGAAGAAGAAAUCAAAAAUGGCGGAAAAAAAAGAACACGAAGAAGACAACGCCAUUAGCGUGUGCGGAAUGCAAUUUUCAUACGAAGGACAGCUUCCUCUAUUCUACAAUUUUAAUUUAAAUUUACCUCCCGGAUCUCGAUGCCUUCUCGUCGGCGCCAACGGAUCUGGGAAGACUACUCUGUUGAAGAUUUUGGCGGGAAAGCAUAUGGUUGGAGGAACAGAAGUAGUCAGAGUCUUGAAUCGAUCGGCGUUUCAUGAUACUAAGCUUGUUUGCGGUGGUGAAUUGGCUUAUUUAGGUGGUUCUUGGAGUAAAACCGUCGGCUCUGCUGGGGAGAUUCCUCUCCAGGGAGAUUUCUCUGCAGAACAUAUGAUAUUUGGAGUUGAAGGUGUUGAUCCUUCUAGGAGAGAAAAGUUGAUUGAUUUGCUUGAAAUUGACCUCCAAUGGCGUAUGCACAAGGUGUCUGAUGGUCAGCGGCGUAGAGUUCAGAUCUGUAUGGGUCUUCUCGAUCCAUUUAAGGUCCUUUUAUUAGAUGAGGUCACAGUUGACCUGGAUGUUGUUGCCAGGAUGGAUUUACUUGAAUUCUUUAAGGAAGAAUGUGAUCAGAGAGGAGCCACAAUUGUAUAUGCAACUCAUAUAUUUGACGGGUUGGAGACUUGGGCGACACAUCUAGCUUACAUCCAGGAUGGUGAACUGAGGAAAGCUCAGAAAGUUACUGAUGUUGAUGAGUUGAAAAGUUCUGCCAAUCUGCUCUCUGUUGUAGAGUCAUGGCUUCGAGCAGAAACCAAGCUCGAGAAGAAGAUACCAACCAAGCCUUCUGCUCAGAACCAAAAGACAUCAUCCGUUGGUGCUUCUCCUUUUAUGUCUUCCAGACAUAUGGCAUACUACCGUUGAUCUUUGUUAAAUUCAAAUCCGACACUGGAGGUUAUAAAACAGUGAAGGCAAUAAGGCAUCAUUCCAAAUGAUGAAAAACGGAAUAAUGCCAAUGCAGUGAGGAAAUGGCGCGAGAUUAUCGGUAAGAACUGCUAGUCUUCUGUUAUCGGUGUGUUCUUGCGUCGUGCUUGAUUGUUAUAUAGAUGCAUAACUUGUCUUCAGCAGCUCUUUUGCGGAGAAGAUGAUUUAUUUAGCCUGAUGAUGAUAAUAGUUAGCCUUGGAUCUCAUUUUUAUUUUCCUGUAAAGAAAUCCAGGCAAUGUUCCCCGAAGAAAUAUAGUUUGUAAAAUUUAACCAAACUUCAUGUCAAUUUUUGAAUGAGGUUGAUUUGUUCUAGUCAAA